UUACAUCAUCCGUGUUCACUUCCUGGUAGGAAACGGCGUUUGCUAGUCCACGCCGUUCGUUAUUUCGCCAUCGAAUGAGAGGCGAUUAACUGCCGAGAGCUUUAAACAUGUCCGUUUCACCACCGUCCGCUUCGGCAGGAUUCUCGGCCUUUUACCCGGCCGGCUACCAGGCUCCAGAAACCCAUGGACUGGACCGCACUUUUCGGCUCACGGCCUUUUCCGAUAUGAAAGGAUGAGGGUGCAAAGUCCCGCAGGAGACUCUGCUCAAGCUCCUGCAGGGACUGGAGCCCGACGCUCAUGCAGGACCGGACGGAGCGGAGACAGGAGCCGGGGACGAGGCCUCAGACUUCAGUCAGCUAGUUUCAGUCUCACACGGUCCCCGGUUAGGCAUUGGGAUGGAUUCUUGUGUCAUUCCUUUGCGGCAUGGAGGUUUGUCCCUGAUCCAGACUACAGAUUUUUUCUAUCCAUUAGUUGAAGAUCCCUACAUGAUGGGUCGUAUAGCAUGUGCAAAUGUGCUGAGUGAUCUGUAUGCUAUGGGAAUUACUGAAUGUGACAACAUGCUGAUGCUACUGAGUGUCAGUCAGAGGAUGAGCGAGAAGGAGAGAGAACAGGUGAUGCCCUUAAUGAUGAAAGGCUUUCGUGAUGCAGCUGAAGAGGGAGGCACUUCUGUGACAGGCGGACAGACAGUUGUGAAUCCUUGGAUCAUCAUAGGGGGCGUAGCCACGGUAGUGUGCCCACCUACUGACUUCAUCAUGCCAGAUGGUGCUGUACCAGGUGACGUGCUUGUUCUGACAAAACCUCUUGGAACCCAAGUAGCUGUCAACGCUCAUCAGUGGCUGAACAUACCAGAAAAAUGGAACAAGAUCAAGCUGGUGAUCUCAAAGGAGGAGGUGCAGCACGCUUAUCAGGAGGCCAUGCUCAACAUGGCUACCCUUAACCGCACUGCUGCUGCUCUAAUGCACAAGUUCAAUGCACAUGCUGCCACUGAUAUCACCGGCUUCGGGAUCAUUGGACAUGCACGGAACCUGGCCAAGCAGCAGCGCAAUGAAGUGGCCUUUGUUAUCCACAACCUGCCAAUUCUUGCUAAGAUGGCUGCUGUCAGUAAAGCUGGGGGAAACCUGUUUGGCCUUCUGCAUGGCACCUCCUCUGAGACCUCAGGCGGUUUGCUGAUCUGUCUGCCACGAGAGCAGGCAGCACGUUUCUGCGCUGAGAUGAAGGCGAGCCGGACGAGCUCACUGGGCGAUGGACAGCAGGCCUGGAUAAUUGGAAUCGUGGAGAAGGGUAGCCGCUGCGCUCGCAUCAUCGACAAGCCCCGCAUCAUUGAGGUGCCAUAUCGUGGCCUUGCAGCAGGCAACACACAGCAGGAGAUCACCAACACUAUCACUACUGCCACAGCCACCAACACCUGCAGCAGCCCAGCAGAAGCUCAGCCCAGCCUGGCGCAGUGACACAGCCUUUAACACAAGAGUGUUAUAGGAAUGCUCACGGUUCAUUUUUGUUCUUUGUACAUUUCACUUCUCUCUGUGGGUGUGGCUACUCUGGUUGUGCAAGUUAUUGAGGGUGUUAAUGUGUGGAAUGUAGAUUGUGCUGGUAAGACUGGAAUUUGUGUGAGCAUGUGAGCGAGCGAGUGUGUGCACGUCUGUGUGAGAGCGAGCGAGUGUGUGCACGUCUGUGUGAGAGCGAGCGAGUGUGUGCACGUCUGUGUGAGAGCGAGCGAGUGUGUGCACGUCUGUG